ACGCCAUCAGAAUCUUCAAUGACGUUUCGAGUUUGGUCACGUGACGUGUGCCAAAAGAUAUUUUAAAUUCAAUAUUUAUAAAAAUAUGGUCAUUACACGUCCCCUAAAAGUAGUUUAACAUGUUCUUAUAAUCCAAAAGAAUUUAUUAGGACACAAUUCUGCCCUAAGAUUUGUAGAUGGAAACAACCCUAUUACUACUCCUUCUGUCAAAGUCAGUGUCAAUGACUGACAGAUCGCUUGUCGCUUUAGUUCACUUCUAGUUCAUAUUUAUUGAGGUUAUUUUUCAAUGUGAGCGCCAAGUAUUUCUUUACUGUAAUUACUAUUUAAGUAAUACAAAAAGUAUUUAAAAUGCCACAAACAGGCGCGACAAGAUAUCAGAAGUUUCUUAAAUCUGAGAAAUCGAAAACCAAGUUAAAGAAUAAGCAAGCUAAGAAGAAAGACUUGCCAAGGGGUACGAACGUAACCAAGACAAAUUUUAAAGUAAAACAGAUCGUAAUUAAAGAGCAACUGAAACAGCAUGGUGACAACGAAGCUUUGUCUGCUCGGAAGCUGAACGCGAAAGAGCUCUUGUCAAGAUUAAACCACUUUAACACUCAAUCCUGUAAAGAUGCCCUAGAAGGUAUAAAGGAACUGAUAAGCGGUCAUGUGAAUGUGUUGGAAGACAACCUGGGCCAGCUCAUUAAUGGAGUGGCUCCAUUGGUACUUAAUAUUGAAGCAGUUGUUCGCAGAGAGGCUUUGAAGGUGCUACAUUUGAUACUUUCUAAUGUAACUGUAGAAAAAACAGAACCUUUCUUUGAUAUUCUGUCCACUUACCUCAGGAGUGCCAUGACACACAUAGACAACAGGAUUCAAGAGGAUUCCCUACUGUUUCUUGAUAUACUUCUCAUUUGCUGUUCUGAAAAUGUAGCAAAGGAUUUCCACAGGAUCAUUCCAAAUUUUUUAGAUAUGAUUUCCAAAUUAAGGGUAGAUUCAAAGCCAGGAAGAACACUGACUGUCAAUUUGAACAGCCAAAUAACUAGUGUAAAAUGGAGAGUUAAAGUAUUACACCGGCUGCAAGAUUUUCUAAGGAAGUAUGUGGAACACAACAAAAUCAAUGUGGUUAACAAGGAACUUACAGCAAACACUAAAUUUUUUGACAGUUCAAAGAUGAAUCACUACUCCUUAUACAAUCAUAGUUACACAGCUGUAUGUCAUGUGUCAUCAUUUUCAGCUAAGAAUACACAAGAUGCAUCAAUUGAUGAGGCUGAGAAAUUCAUCAAAUAUAUUGAAAUGUUAAUGCCAUUGCUUUUUGAAGCUUGGGUAGAAGUAUGUGCCAGUGCUAACCCAGGCAAGAAUAUUGAAACACUAGUGAGUGAGGACUCAGCAGGGUUACUAAAGCGCAUCCUUGAAGUGGUAACAUUAUUGUGGGACCUAGUCCAAUACCUUAAUAAGAAGAAUCCUCACUCUAACAUUGAAAACCUCUUUAGGCAGAAUUACCGCAAGCCUUUCAGUCAACACUUUGUGCAACCUUACCCAUUUGCAACAAACAUAAGGUCAAGACAACAGAGAGGGAACCAACCCAACUCACAUUAUGAAGAUUUUAUUACAGAUCCUAAGUUAAUUAUUGAAAACUUACUCAUUUGCCAAAUGUUUAUUGCUCUCAAUCCAAAUGUGCAUAUAAAAAAUCAGAGCAAGGAAAUUAGUUCAGUACUCAACUAUAUGGAAAAGAUAUUUAAUGAGAAUGUUGAAGAAGCCGUAAGUGAUCUCCUAAUUAAGAUUUUAGAUAUUGUAUUCUCCAAUGACGUAAAUAAUUGGACUAGAACACUUUCUGUCAUGGAUGCUCUAUUGAGAAAAGUAAUAUGGGCAUACUUUAACAAAAAUCUGCCAAGUCAAUUUAGACAGAAGAUCUUUUCUCUUCUCUGUAAAAUAGCACUGAGUGAUAAAUUGGCUCAUUUUCAUGCAAGUGAUGCUUAUGACAUGUGGCUCAAGAACUUGCCCGAUAUUUUACUUGAGGAUUCAGUGACUGUGCAAGUUGUUGAUAUCCUAAACAUGUUUGCUGUUGCUAAUAACACAAUCUUCAAUUCAGUAGUUAAACCAAAACUGCUAAAAAUUAUUGAAAACCUACCAAACAUUUCUGUAUCUGACAGUGUGAACCCUACAAGUUACUAUAAGAUAUUCUCCUUACUAUAUUGGAUCAAGUGUUGGGAUGAUACAUCAUUGAAUUUAUUGGAAAAUCAGUUAAUCAACAAUGCUUAUGAUUUGGAUCAUGGGAAAUAUAUUUUCGAUACUCUGAGACACAGAAGUGCUUCUAAUGUAUAAUAGUAGUAACAGCUCACAGCCUCAGAUAAAAUGCAAUUUUUAACAAUAAUUCAUAGCAUCAAUGUAGUAGUUUUACUAGAUGGUGUUGAUGCUGUUGAUAUGAUACAUUUUGUUGUGCUAUAUCCACCCACAAAUGCCUAUACUGAAUGUAUGGUACUGGUACCAAGUCUACUAAAACUACUUUUCUGAUGCCAUGAAUACUUGUUUGACUGUGAUAAGUUCUAAUAGGCAUGUAACUUUUUCUGAGGUUAAAAUAAAAUUAUAAAACUUA